AUGACAAACUUAACCUCCGAGCGCAAAGGAGUAGGAUAUACGGUAGAAGCUGCGACAUCGGUGGAAAAGUCCGAGAGGGUGUUAGAUGCAAAGAAAAGUCCACUCGCGCUGCUCGCACAGACCUGCAGCCAAAUAGGAGCGGAUCCACCGUCCAACAAAUCGCUGCUAAGUUCCUUGGACAAAUCGUCGAGUAACAGAUCGUCCAAGACCGCGGAGCAAUCUCGCGACAAGUCGUCGCCGACGGUGACAGUGUCGGUCACGGUGCCAACGUCGACGAUCGAAUCCACGAAAACCAGUUUCAAGCCGUACGAAUCUUGCCUGGGACGCGAAAAGGCAUCCAGCCCGGACGAGCAGCGAUCGUCGUCGAGUCACUCGACUUCCGGCCGAUCCCGAACACCCGGCAGCGGUGGCAAACGAUGCCCUAGCAAUCAGAGCGCCGCGUCAACGCGUGCAGUCACGCCGCAAGGUAGAAAAACGGCGACGCCGAACGGGGAAGUCACGCGGGACUCGCCGGUUUCGAGAAAUUCGGCGCCCUUGAUACCGUCGAGCACAGCGGAGGCCGCUACGAGUCAACCAACCGUCAGUAGCCCCUCGUUACAAACGAAACCCGCCUACAGUCCCGCCGGCGUCCUCGCGAUGACCGAUCCAUCCAUCAAGGAUCUCCCAUUGGGCACGUUCAAGCCGGGCGUCAGUCUACCGGUUUCCACCGCCGCCUACUUGGGUUACAGUCCCAAUCAAUUACCCAUCGACGUGAUGGCCAGCUCGCUCAUGUCUCAGCAUCACGCCGCUCUGAAGAACGGUCUCGUAGCCGCUAAUCCUUAUCUCGGUUAUACGCGACUGAAAACGGGCGGACCCGCGGACAGCCUGAUGCCAAUAUGCCGCGAUCCCUACUGCACCGGCUGCCAACUGAAUUCGCAUCUACUGUCGAACUCCGUGGCGACCACCGUCGCCAGUAUCGUCAAUGGAAAAUUGCCAUCGGGCGCGGGCGCUACGCCGGGUUCCUGUUCGGCCGGAUGCGCCCAGUGCGAUCACAAACCCGGCACCGUCUCGCCUUAUGGACCGCUCGGCGCGGCAGGAGCGGUAUACGCGCACGCGCAGCUAGCCGCAUUGGCCGCCGGCACGCAGCUACCUUACGUAUGUAACUGGAUCGCGGGCGACACUGCGUACUGCGGCAAGAGAUUCGGCACGUCGGAGGAGCUGCUGCAGCAUCUCAGGAGUCACACGAGCAUGUCGUCGAGCGGCGCGACCGAUCCCGCGAGCGCGGCCGCCGCGCUGUCCCUGCUAUCGCCACCCAUCGGAUUACCCCCGACCCAUCCCCUGUUCGCCAGGUCUUAUCCCACGCCACCCUUGAGCCCGCUCGCCACCGCGCGCUAUCACCCGUACGGGAAACCCUCGCCGCUGUUACAGCCGUCUUUGUCGUCGUUGGGCCUGCCGCUUCCGCCGCCACCGCCGCCGCAUCCGCACGCGACCGCCGGACUGCCGCCGUAUUUCUCACCGUACUCUAUCUACGGGCCUCGUCUAGGCGCCGCCUCCGGGAUGCAUCAAUGAGUUCUCGGUAACAAGCACUCGUGAGCCAAACGCUUGCGAGGUGAGUUGACCGGCGAACUGUGAUUUCUCGACGAAUUCGAGCACGUAAACGGAGAGUAUCGCGUGUGCUUGACGUGAUGCUUGUAUGUAUUUACGGAGCCUCGUAAGGAGGAAGGUCUGAAGUUAUCGAGCGGAUAUCGAGGCGCGGUAGGAUUGUUUCUUUUUUAUUUUUUAUUUUUUUUUGUUUUUUCGAUUACUACGCGAUGGUCUGCGUCUUCUGCAAAUUGUACGCUAAGCCUUUUUUUUACCUUGCGAUUGAAAAAGCAUAAAACUUAAAAGAUUGAAUAAUGUGUGCACACGAAACGACAUCUUCUACUUGUUCUUAGGCGCGAAUAGUUAGUGUUUCCAUGUUAACGCAGCCGGAAUUUUGAUAUAUAUUUCGUAGAUAGUAUAAACUUUUUAAUAAAUAUUAAGUUUUGAGAAUAUAUAGAAUUCUCAAUAAAUAUUCACUUAAAAGUCCCACUUUGCAGGAACUGUUUCUUUUGAUGGAAAGUAAGUUGUUCUAUUCAAUCUUUCGAGGUCAAAGAAAUAAAAUAAUAUGGCUGCGUAUCCCUACCUCAGCUCUCUUUACAGGAAUAAUAAUCUAUUUUUGUCAAAACUGAAUUGCAUUCGAACUGCAUUUAGGAUGAUUAAUUCUCGCUCAGCAGCGUCCGGCGUAAUAAUAUAUGAAUACGGACAGCGGUUGCUUGUAUUGGCUAUCAUUAAUUUCACUUGACAAGAAUCAGGAUCAAAUAGGAAUUAAAUAUCUUUUUGAAUUCUUUAAAAGAUUUUUAUAAAAUUUUAGCGUUCUUUGUAAAGAUUA